CGUACAUUGGCAUAAUACCAUAGAAUUAUUCCAACUUUUUUUCUUUCAUGAUGACACUUUUCUUCAUCUUUCUCCCUAAUUAAUAGCCCCCAUCUCUCUCUCUAUUUGCCCACAAACAUCUCCUUCUUUACCGCAUUGCCACUUAUCCAUCUCAACAGAAAAUCAAAGAAGUGGUUGGAUUACAACCAUAACUGGUCAAUAUUGGUAUCUGCGUGUUAGCGCAGGCAAUCAGUCAUAUUGUUGACUGAUUGCCAAAAUAGCAGAUGGAUACCCAGAGUUCACUGAAGCCUACGACAGCCUUGGACGGUGUGCAUGGAGUGAAAGUGGUGCCUCAUUCACCAUUUGCACUGGAAGAGAUAAAACAACAUGGGGACUUUCAUCAACCGAGCCAUGCUAGUUUUCCUGUCAGAAGAAGACAACACCUAAUAGUGCAGAGAGUUUGGCAGCAAAGGCCUGGUUGCCUCAGGCCCAUCCGUUGUAGUUGCCAUGGUGAUAGAACCAUUGCUGAAACUAUUGCUAAUGUGAUCACUUCUCUUCCUUUUAUUGCUCUGGGACUUCAGGCUCCGAGGAAGAAUAUUCAUUGCAAACUUUAUGCCAAUUCAUUGAUUGGAGUUGGAAUUGUCUCGAGUUUGUACCAUGCUUCGAGAGGCAAAGUAAGACGGUAUAUGAGAUGGGCUGACUACUCAAUGAUAGCAACAGCCACAGUGUGUCUAUCAAGUGCACUUAGAAAUGAGAAUCCAAAAUUGCUGAUGGCAGCAUCUGCAGUACUCCUACCAAUCCAACCUCUUAUGGUUUCUGCUGUACACACUGGAAUGAUGGAGGUCGCGUUUGCCAAAAGAGCAUUGCAAGAUCCAGAUCUGAGGAUUAGCCACAAUGUGCAUAAAAUGUCAUCAUUGCUAGGUGGUGCUCUCUUCAUUGCUGAUGAUGUCUUUUCUGAAACACCUUUCUUGCAUGCUGGUUGGCAUCUUGCAGCUGCUGUUGGGGUCAGCACUUGCAAUAAGCUUCUUGAGUAGGUCGCUAUUAUUCCAAUCUAAGUCCUGUCAAAUUUGUCGAAAUCACUUGCCAUUGCCUAUAAAGAUUGUCCAUUUCUUCAAAUAAUAAGUAAAAAGCACAUGUUGCCAUUGUGGACCAGUCUUGUCAUUCAAUGGUCCAUCCUUAUUACCAUUCAUUGUAGUGUUUAUUGGCUUAGGAAAGUAGUGUAAAAUUGUAUUUGAUUUAGUGAUGUACUAUGGAACUAUGGCAAUUAGCUUUGCUUUUGUAUUAUGAUGCCAAUGUAAAACAUUGUUGGCAGGAUAUGAUAUUUCUUCAUUCUUGCUAUG